UGAGCAGACAAAUUUAUAUGCUCUUCAGAAAAAUGUUGACCUGAGAAUGAGUAUGGACGAGGCGAGAGUUUUUAUUGGCGGUAUUUUGAUGUCGGGGUACGCAAAAUACCCCAACAAACGUUUGUAUUGGUCGGAGAAAUCUGAUUCGCCAAGAUUGCUAGCGAACAGCAUGAGGCUAAAUUGAUUUGAGAAAAUUCUAAAUAAUUUCCAUCUGAAUGACAACACGCAAGCCCAGGGUACCGAUCGGCUUUACAAAAUUAGGCGACUAAUUACUCACCUGAACGAGGUGUUUCUAAAGCAUGGUGGAAUGGACGAGAAUCUCUCCAUUGAUGAAAGCAUGAUACCGUAUUAUGGUAGGCACUAUGCUAAACAAUAUAUCCGUGGUAAGCCCAUUCGAUUUGGAUUCAAAAACUGGGCUCUGAAUUCCAGCGAUGGAUAUAUGCUUCAGUUCGAUGUGUAUAUGGGCAAAAAUGCAGAGAGCGUCCCACAAGGAUAUGGAGUAGGAGGUGACAAAGUGGUUGAUCUCCUCACGAAAGCAAAUGUACCACACCAUAAGGGAUUCAAGCUUUUCAUCGACAACUAUUUUACGUCCGUGAAACUGUUGCGCAAUUUGGCCAGUAUGGGGAUUUGUACAUCUGGUACAAUUAGAGACGGUCGCAUAGAGAAGUGUCCUCUUCGUCCAAUAGCCGCCAUGAAAAAGGAGCAGCGAGGAUCCAGCGAUUUUCGUUUUACUGACGAUGGCAAGAUUCUCGUUGUAAGAUGGAAAGAUAAUAAUGUGGUGAGCAUUGGCUCCAACUUUGAUACCAACGAUAUCGGGACGUGCAAGCGCUACGCGAGAGGGCAAGGUGCGAUACAGAUACCACAGCCGAAACUUCUUCAGCGCUAUAAUCAAGGCAUGGGAGGCGUUGAUAAAAUGGACCAGAUGGUGGCUGUGUACCGGUCUAGAAUUAGACAGCCUACACGAGGUUUAAAUCCAGAAGAAGGUUAA